UCAGCGCUGUACAUUAUAGUGGGGGACAGUACAUGAGACAAUACAGUAACAAGACAAUACAUGAGGGGUUCGAGGGCCCUGCUCUUUCGAGCUUACAAUCUAGGAGGGAGGGGAUAGUGGUACAGGAGGAAGUGGCUGUGGGGGAUGGAGUGGUAGGAGGAGUGGAGGAGAUCGGCUGUUAGGUGAGGGCGGGGUAGGCUUCCUUGAAGAGAUGGGUUUUCAGGAGGAGGGUUUUCAGGGUGGACUGCAAGAGGCUGAUGUCAGGUCACCUUCAGGUACACUGUUGGCCAGGGGCAGACUGACCAUUUGGAAACUCGGGCACUGCCCGAGGGCCUGGGGUCAGUAGGGGGCCCCAUCAG